AUGUAUAUCAACAUAUUGUUUUUAAUUAUAAUAUUUUUUCCAUAUAUUGUGCAUUUAUGUAAUCAUGAAUUAAUUGAAAUUAGUGGUACUAUUGCAUUUUUAUCAUAUACUAAUAAUAUGGAAUGUACAUGGACAUUUAAUUUAUCAUCUAUAUCAAAUAAGAUUCAUUCUCGUAAUCUUUUAUUAACAUUUCGUCAUUUUGAUACUGAAUUUGGACAUGACGAAUUAUUUAUUGGCGAAACUAUACCUAAUGUAUCAAAAUAUAAUUCGAAAUUAUUUCGUUUUUCAGGUUCAAAAUUACCUGAUCCUUGUUUAAUUCCACUACGUGGUGAUAUUUUAAGACGAUCUAUAUGGAUUCAAUUUCUUAGUGAUCAAACUAAUACCGGUUCAGGUUUUAUUAUUGAUUAUAAAUUUCUAGUCAAUCAAUCUACAUCUGUAAAAUUAAAACCUCAGGAAGUUCUAAUUGAUGCAGAAAUUCUUCAUCCAUUAGAAAAUAAAUCCCAACAUUCUAAACUAACUUAUACAUAUCCAUACGGAACUAUUUCAAGUCCAAAUUAUCCACAAAAUUAUCCAAAUAAUAUCAUAUGCCGUUGGCAUUUAUAUCAUCGAAAUGCAUUUAUACGUUUAUAUAUUAAUGAAUUUCAUACUGAAUUACAUUAUGAUACAUUAACAUUGCAUCUUGGUCAAAAUUUAAAUAAUCGUGCUAUGAUUUUAUAUGAAUGGUCAGGUUAUGAUAUUGAUAAUAAACAUUUAUUUAUUCGAAAUGAUAAUUUAUUUCUUAUAUUCAAUACUGAUAAAUCCUAUAGUGCAGCUGGUUUUUCUCUUCAAUAUCAAAUUAUUGAAAAAGAAAUGUAUACUUGGGAUUUAUAUGAAAACAAUGGAACAAUUCAUUCAAAAGAUUAUCCAAAACUUUUACGAACAAAUAUUGAAUAUACAUGGAUUAUUCAUAUGAAUUCUUCAAAUGAAAUUGAAAUAAAUCUAAUUGAUAUAAGUCUUGAUCAUGAUUAUGAUUAUUUACAAAUUAUAACAGGAGAUAUUAUUUAUUCAUUAAAUACGCCAAAAUCUUUUCGAUUUGAAACAACCAAUGAAACAAAAUUAAUUCUUCGAACAAAACAUUCUAAUGAUGAGUAUCAAUAUCGUGGUUUUAAUUUGACAUAUCAAAAAUUAAAUAAAACUCGUUCUGAAGAAAGUAAUUAUUUAAAAAAUUUACCUUGUGGAAAAACAUAUUCAUCAUAUAAUGGAACAAUUGAAUUUCAAUUUGAAAGUCUUACUUCUUUUGAUUGUUUAAUAUUAAUUGAAGUUGAUGAUGGACAAAAUAUUUUUUUACGUUUUGAUUAUUUAAAUUGGGAUACUAAAGAAAAUUAUAUUGAUAUUGGUCUUUUUCAUGAUCCUAAUGAAAAUCAACUUUAUCAUAUAUCAGAUACAGUACCAGGUACUUGGUUUAUUGCAAAUGAAAGUCAAAUAUGGAUACGAUUUUAUUCAAGUCAAUUUUCAUUAGGAAUAUCUACAUUUCGUUUAUUUUAUUCUGAAACAAUUCAAUGGUCAACUAUUUCAUCAGAACCACGUACACAAAUCUUAGAUGAUAAUAGAUUAUUUCCUUAUCGAUUAAUUAGUUUACCAACAAAAAGUAUUUACCAUAAUUUAACACAAGCUUAUAUUUGGCAUAUCAAAGCAUUAGAUGAUGAAUGUAUUAAGAUUACUUUUCAAUCUUUUGAAGUUACUGAAGAUCGACGGUUAUGUUUUUAUGUGAAAGAUUUAUUCAAAACAACACAAAUAUGUAAUGAUGAACAGUUACCAUUUGUAUAUCAUCAUAUUGGAUCAUGUAUAAUAUCUAUUGAACCGGAAUUUCGUUGGAUAUUAGUUAAAUAUAAUAUUCAAAUUGAAAAGUUUAAAAAAAUUAAAAAGAUUAAUAAAGUAAUUUUCAAUGACAAUCAUAUAGUAUUAACACCACCAAUGACAAUGCAUCCAUUUAUUCAUAUUGAAUGGUUGAUAUCUAUCGAUAAUAGUUCGAGAAUUAUUGUUGAUAUUACAAAUUUCGAUAGAAAUACAUCAGCUGAAUUAAUUAUUCGUCAAGAUAAAAAUAUCACAAAAACAUAUUUAUUAGAAAAAAUAUCAUUAACUCGUUUUUGUGAUGUAUUAUUUUCUUUAAAAUCUUCAUUUCAAAUUAUUUAUAAAUCAUUAUCAUUACCAAUUCAUAAUCAAAAACGAUCAUUUCGUCUUGAUCUAUAUAAAAUAUCAGAAACAUAUUUUCAUAUGAAAGAUUUUCAUUAUAUUUCAUGGAAACAAAAUCAAUCGCAUUUUAAAUGGACUAUUGAUGGACAAUAUAACAAUUCAAUAUUUUUAGCAAAUUUAUUUUCUUCUAAUAAUAAUUUAUUACUUGAAACAACAGCAAAUAUUAAUCUCACCAUGACUAAUUCAUCAAUAUAUAUUCCUAGUUCAAAUUUUGAUAUUCGUUAUAAAUUACAUAACCAAUCGAUUGAUUCAGAUUUUAUUCUAAUUCUUUAUGAACAGCAAGAAAAAAAAUCUAAUCAAAAUAUUAUCUUAAAUAAAACUUCAGAUAUACUUGAAACAAACAAUUAUGCUUCUUAUAAUAUUUACAUACGAUCAGAGGCUUUUCAUUUAAUUGAUUUUAUCAUAAUUAAUGCAGAUAAUGGUACACUUAUUCGUUUGUAUGAUUUAAACGUCAAUCAUAGUGAAUAUUUUUUAUUGAAUUCAUCUUUGAGAAUAUCCAAAGGAUUAUUAUCUCUUAUUGGUUUACGUUUUUCAAUUAAAAGUUUGAAAAUUAAAAUCGAAUUAGAAUCAUUAACAAACAAUCCAAUAAAAUUACGUUAUAAAAUUCGAACAAAAUCAAUUCAAAAUGAAAAUUUUAGUAACGUAACAUUGAUUAUUGAAAAUACGACAAUUGAAAAUUUUGAAAAAGCAAUUUAUCGUAAUUUACGUCAAAGUAUAGCAAAAGUUAUACGUAAAUUUUGUUUAAAAUAUCAAGAACAUUGUUUAAGUGAAGAUACAGAUUCGAUUAGAACUGAUCAUGUUAUUAUACAAAGUUAUGAAGAACAAUUAGAUAAUCAUCAUUUAUAUGUAUCAAUAUUUAUUAAAGAUCCGUAUCGUCAAACAGUAGCUCUAACAAAUGAUCAAUUUUUACUUGCACUUAAAGAUAAUCAACAAGAAAUUUAUGAAGAUAUACAACAUCAUAUUAAUUUACCAUCAAAUAUUUUAGAACAAAAUUCAUUAGAUUCAAUUUGGUUAUACGGUGUUUGUUUACUUGCUUUAAUUGUGCUUAUCGUUGUUGUUCUUAUGUUAAUUACUAUUUUUAUGAGAAGAACCUCUCAAUCAACAAAGAAGAUAACUAAAAAUAAACGUAUAAAAAAAUCUACAAAAAAUAUUUCAACUAAAAACGAUGAUAGUUUUCUAAUUUCAUAUCCUAUACAACAAAUAGCUAAUGAAGAUGAUGAACAGAAUUUAUCUUUACCUAACAAUGAAGCAGUUAGUUCACAAAUAUUAAAUACAAAUCUUAUAGGAAAUUUAUCUCCACCAACAACACCUUAUUAUCAUUGUCCAACAAGUCAUACAUCAUAUUUUAAUAGUAAUAUUGAAACAAUUAUGAAAGAACGUCUUCAUGAUGAUGAACCAAUACCAUUUAUUGAUGAUAAUCUUUCUGUUACACAUAGUAGAAAGAGUAGUGUUGGUUGGAGUGAUAAAACAAGUUUAAGUAGUCGAUUUAGUUUAGCAUGGAAAUUAAAUAGAAUGCGUUCAGCAUCACAAAAUCGUUCCAUAUUAUCAAAUGAAAAAGAAAAACGACGAUAUCAUCAUCGAACUAUUCGAUACACACAACCGUCGACAUCACAAGAAAGUUAA